UACAUUUGAGUAGCUUUGAAUAUCAUAAUAAUGUAAAAAAUAUGAAUGUAGUUGAAGAGACAUACUGGUCAUCAAAUUUGUCUCCGGGAGGUAAAGCAGGCCAUGAUGAUCAUGAAGUGUGCCCCAGCAACUGCCCCUCCUCCCCGGACGGCAAAAAGUCGGUUCUCUCUAAGGUCCGGGACACGGCCAAGAAGUUGAGAUACAGCCUCAGCAGCCGCCGCAGGAAUGGCAUCGAUUUCCACGAGCCUGACCACAGCCAGAGCCCUGACCUCAGCCAUAAUAAAUACAGCCGCAGCCAGAGCCAUAAUUACAGCCGUGGCCAGAGCCAUGCCCUCAACCAAAGCCUCAGCCAUAACUACAGCCGCGGCCAAAGCCAUGCCCUCAACCAAAGCCUCAGCCAUAACUACAGCCGCAGCCAGAGCCAUGGCGUCAACCACAGCCUCAGCCAUAACUAUAGCCAAGGCCAGAGCCAUGACCUCAGCCGUAACAACAGCCACGUCCCUAACUACAACCACAGCCAGAGCCGCAACCAGAGUUACGGCCUGAGCCACGACCGCGACAACAUCACCCCUUCUUGGGGGGCUACGAUGGAAGAUGACUGCGAUCAUGAAGAUGACUAUGAUCCCGAGUAUCUUGGCGCUCCAAUGUACGAGUCAGAAGCAGCGCCCGAAAGUCUGAAGGAGACGGCAAGGCAGCACCCGAGGGCGGAGCCUGUCGUCUCCAAUAGUCAUCGGGCGCCAAACAUGAACCAUGAAGCUGCAAUGCUAGGAACCGACCAACCCGCGAGCCCAAACCCCAUCGCAGACAAGACUCGUGCUGUAGUUGAAAAACUGGCUACAGCCUGUGCACUGUCUGCUGGAUCCGGCAAGAACAAGAACAACAACAACACCAGCACCACUCAAGCCGUAGCCAACAAACUGGCUCCGGCCUACGCAGCUGUGUCGGAUGCAACCCACAACACCUACACUGCAGUGUCUGACGCAACCCACAACAUCAACGCCAACACGAUCUCAAACACUACACACGCUGUCGCGGACAAACUGGCUCCAGCCUACACUGCAGUGUCGGACGCAACCCACACUGGUGCCAGCAUGAUCACAAACACCAGCCACGCUGUAGCUGACAAACUGGGACCGGCCUGCACGGUCGUGUCUGAUGCAACACAACAGAUUGCUAGCAAGAUAGCCAGCAUUGCUGUUGCAUCUCCGGGAGCAAAACCGUCUCAGGAAGCGAAAGCGGAGUUAGUGAGUGAAGAUGCAGGAAACGUGAAGCAAUGCGCGAGCGGGAGUCCUCAAACAUACGACAAAGGAGUUUCCGUGAAGGAGUAUUUCUUGAGCAAGCUGGAGCCUGGAGACGACGAAAGAGCACUCUCACAGGCUAUAACAGAGGCCAUUAGUCCCAGGAAGAGCACCGGGGAGACGGGCGUGGUGGAUUUGGUGAAAGAGGCCGUCUCUUCAUUUUUCAGACAGGAGGAGGCCUCCCACCUAACAGAAACAUCUGCAGGCUUGAUAACCAAUGCCCCUGUCUCCUCAGAGGUUGAAACAGUUGCUGCCCUCAACGCUUCAAACAGUCCAACAGAGGUUCAGCUGAAACGCGCUGCUUCAAUCAAGGCAGGAACACCCACAAGCCUGUCUUCUCCUGUUGCUCUUGGAACUUCAGCCGCUAAAGCAAAUUCUCAACUGAACCGCAUUGCUACAAUCCACACAGAAAGGCCUUCAAUCGCUAAAGCGAGUCCUCAACUGAACCGCGCUGCUUCAGUCCAUGUUUGUUCCACCAAAGUUUUCACAAACAGUGCCAACAACUCACCUAUUGCCACAGCGUCCAGCAAUGCUCAUGAAGUUUAUGAGGAAGAAAACAAAGGAAGGAUUCUCCAGACUAACUGAACAUUCAUACGCAGCAAAUUUGGAGAGUGCAGAGCAGAAUUCUCUUUUGUAUAAUUUUUUGUUUUAACACGCCUGUGUUUAGGCUGAGUUUUAGAGUUUUACUCCCACUAAUUUGUAAUACUACUAAAAAGAAAAUGAAUACUUAGAUUUACACGAGUAAAAUGGGUUAAGUUAAUUUGGUA